AUGGUCAACUCUGAUCUCGCUAAUAAGUUUAUAAGCCUGAUUGAAGAAUCAAUUGAUACUGGAGAUCUUAAGUUACCAAAUAAUGCAACAAUGAAUGACUUGUGUACUCUUUUUAAGGAACAAUUAAAACUCGAAAAUACAUUGGUUGAAAACUUGCAUGGAAACUUUAUAGUAGUUGGAGAUUUACAUGGGAACUUUCAAGACCUCUACCAUAUUAUUACAAAAUAUGGGCUUCCUUCUUCAUCUGUUAAAUACCUGUUUUUAGGCGACUACGUUGACAGAGGUGAGAAAUCUCUUGAAGUAUACAUAUAUCUAAUGUGUCUCAAGAUUCUAUAUCCUAAAUUUAUUACAUUAAUUCGUGGAAAUCACGAAUACACCAUUACUUGCAAAGAAUACGGAUUCUUAGACGAAUGCAUUUCAAGAUUAGGCGUAAUGCGAGGUCCUGCUGUAUUCAAAAUGAUCAACGACACUUUCCCUUACUUACCAUUAGCUGCAAUUUUACCAAACAAAAUCUUCUGUGUCCAUGGUGGAAUAUCCUCCAAUGUUAACACGCUUGACGACAUUAGAAAUAUCAAUCGAUUUGAGAUCGACACGUGGGGAAAAAGUGUAAUUGCCACAGAUCUUACUUGGGGAGACCCGAGAUACCUUAAGAACGGUGUCAUGACAGAGUCCUCAGAUCGAGGCCUUGGUGAAAGAUACUCAUUAGCCAAAGCAAAAAGGUUCUUAUACGAUAAUGAAUUAACUUCGAUUAUUAGAGCCCAUGAGGUCUGCGAAGGCGGCUGGGAAAAGUCACUGGUUGAUUGCAAAGGAAAUAUCCUUUGUAUGACCGUGUUUUCUGCUGCAAACUAUUGCGGCCUUGAAAACCAUGCAUCAGUACUUGCUGUUGAUAACACAGGUGGUAUUUCAAUUGAUGUCUUCGACUCAAAUGGAGAUGAAAUACGCUGUAACGAUACUUUCGAAUUUGGUCCGAUUGAUCUUAAUCUCUUGAUUCCGCCUGAGGAGGAAAUUUAUUUGCUUCUUUAA